UCAGUUUCUGGUGUACGAGUGAGUUCAUCUCCAGCGCUAGGCUGCAGUUUAAGCUCAGGUUUCACUUGUUGGCAGGCUCCCGGUGACUGCUCGAGAAAUUCAAAGAAUGUUCACCUACCGAGAAAUGUUGUUGGACUUUGCUAAUGGGAUGCUUUGGUCUACUUGAUCUAGGUGUGGUGUUUUGAUCUCUGGUGUUUGUCAAACAUGUUUCAGUCGUUUAAUCAAUAAUUGGUGAAAAGAUCAUCUAAUAAGCAGUUAUGACAUAUUUCAUGUGAUCAUAUUUAUCAACAUCUUGUGGACAUAGCCUCUGAAAUUUAUGAUUAAUGUUGAAGUUGAUGGAGAGCCACUUGCCUAAAGUAUUUGCCUACUGAUAAUUGAAAACAUCAUCUAUUGCCAGAAAAUAAUUCUCGUUGGCAUUGUUUCUUCCUGUAAUCUUUCUUGGAUCAGACAAAUGUAAAAUCUCAACCAAUUAUGGACAAAUGGUAAUGUGAUAAUUCUGGAUUGCAAAAACAAUAUAUCGCAUCUUUUUGGCGAAAACUGCAGAUUGUAAAAUCAAGAAACGGAAGUGGAAGACUUGCUUGCAUAUCCCAUUAAAUUGUAUUUCCGUAAAUAUUUUACCAGUUAUUGUAUUCGGUGUGUGGACAAAUGUAAAAUUAAUUGAAUAUUUGAAUAUAUUUUUUUUUUAAACUUUGAAAAAAGCCAACCAGAGAUUUUUUAAAGAUAUAAAUUGCAGUUACAUUACAAUUUUUUGCCAAUGUAGAAUAUACUGUACAAUUUGUCGCAAUGCAACUAAUCUUUUUCGGCUAGACGUGGAAUAUUAAGAUUUGCAGCAUAGUAGGUCAGUUUUUAUUUCAGACCACUUCCGUUUUUGAUAUCUAGAGCAACACGAUAGAAAAAGUGGAAGUUUACUUUAGAUUUCCUUCCCAUAUGCACAGUUUUCGGCAUUCAUUUUUUUCGCUGGAGAGUUGGACUUCGUUUAUUGGAUUUUAACGUAGAUUUUAAAGAAUAGGCCUGCUCAUUCCAAGAGUAACUUUGAGAAAUUUUGAAGAUGUUAAGUCGUACCUCAAGUUUUCUAUGUCAGCGUGGUAUCUCGGAUGAUUCUUACGAGACUGAUCCACCAGAUAAGAUUCUGCCGGAGCCAGUUUUCAACACCAACACCACAGACAUCCUCUACAGUGGAUGGCUGAAGACACAUCAGGGGAUGCUCUUCAAGUCGUGGCAGAAGUGUUGGUUCGUUCUAGCAGAUGGACACCUGCAUUACUUCAAGCUUCUGGGAUCCAUGCCAUUGGAAGGAACAAAACUUAGUUCCAGGCUUGCCUGCCAACCAGAUGAACCCGAGGGCUGCAUUUUAAGUAUCAAACCAGGAAACGAACAACAUGGAUGUUGCAACAAGCCUCUAAGUUUGUGUGCCUCAACCCAAUUUGAGGCUGAAAAAUGGGAAAGGCAAAUUCGAAGGAUAAGAGGAGGUGUUUUUGGUCAAAGUUUAGAAGACACAAUCACCGAUGAAAGCGAAACCACAACACGGUUGAUUCCAUAUGUGGUAGAGACUAGUGUUGCAUAUUUACGAAAAUAUGGACUAACCGAGGAAGGCAUUUUCAGAUUAAACGGAAGAGCAGGACUUAUUCAAGAGCUACAGGAUGCUUUCGACUGCGGACAGCGACCAAAUUUGGAAGAUUUUGAUGUCGAUGUCCACACCGUUGCGUCCUUGUUAAAGAGGUAUUUCCAGAUGUUACCGGAACCUGUAAUUCCGUGGGCACACUACAAGUUCUUUGAAAAUGCCAUCAGAACUCUGUUUCAGAACGAAGAACGUGGUCGCCACGAACUCAUCAUCCAAAUUGCGCUUCUCCCGCGCAUUAAUUACAACCUGCUAAAAUUUCUUUGCGAUUUUCUCAAUGAAGUGCAUAAGUAUGAAAGGCAAAAUAAAAUGGGACUAGGUAAUCUGGCGAAUGUUUUUGCGCCGCACAUUCUCCGUCCACGCCGAGCCGGUGGGUUCAUCUUACUAGGAAGCACAGCGUUAAGUCUUCAACUUGUACACUACUUAAUAAAAAAUCCAGCGAAUAUGUUCCCACCCACUAACAUGAUAAAUUUUGAUGCUGGCUCUGUUGCGCGUCCACGGUCGAUUAUCUCGAUGCAUUAUACCAAUGAAGCAGAGACGUACGUGAACUUGCGUCACACGUCAUUGAAUAACUCGCACAUGAAAGACAAAUCACAGCAUGCCUCAUACCGAAGGAACAAAGAUCCUCGUAAACGCUAUGGAUUCUCUUUCCACGAUCAAUCUGAAAUGGCAGAGGAGAUCGUCAAUCAAAUGAAAAAGGAUGGUAAAACAGAGGAGAUUUACCAGAAUCAGAUUCAGUUGAAUAACGAAUUGUACGAUGAGCUCCAAAUAGAUAACAGCAAAAAGAAGUUGUCGUCUCACACGUCAAAUGGUUACGUUGUACCAAAAGCACAAAUUGCAAAUGGAAACGUUCAAGGCACUGAUGAAGAACUUAACUACCUAAAUAUUGAAUUUUCCUUGAACAAUCAGGACAAUCGUUCAACAUACGAGAAACGAAAAAGUAUUGAACUGACCAAUCAGCUGUUGUUAUUGCAAAAGAAACUAACGCAAAAGGAAGAGGACUUUCAGCGGCAAAAAAAGAAAUGUGAAAAAACCCAAAGACAGAUGGAUUCAUUGAAGUUAAGACUUUAUGGGGAGGAAGCGGCAAGAGCAGCUGCUGAGGAGCAGAGUCGACGUCUCCUUCAAGAGGUUGAUAGUCUGAGAAAGCGUCUAGGAUUGAGGAAAAAUCGUUCCGUGGACGGACCAUGAAGAAACCCAGAAUCGCAACAUGACUUCGAAUCAAUCAUCACAUCACUAUUUGCGUAGACCGCUUUCGGUUUUAGGUUUUUCUUUUUAAAUUAUGUAAAUACAAAGAUGUUAUAUGUGAUAUAACUUCAAUAUAUCAUUGUGAAAUUAUUUAGUAGAAAAUAUUUCAUAUUAAUUGCAGAUGUUGAAAUAAUACAUUAAUAAAAUAUUUUCUGUUGCAUUUUAUAUUGCAACAAGAUUUUAUAUUUAGUUAAAAUAUUGGUGCAAAAUUAUUUAUUUAUAGGUCAUCGAAAAUUAUGGACGUGUCAAGCUUGGCACAGUAUAAGAUGACAAUAAGAAGAGAGUGCCUGUUAAUGCUAGUACUUCUGUGAUUAUGCUAAUUGCUCAUUUACAUAAUCAAUAAUAGUAAUAAUAACACACAUAUCCAUGCUAGAGUACUUAAAAUAUUUACAAAAAUUAUCGCGCAAUGAUCGAUAUAGGAAGAAAGUUAAAUAUUGGAGAGUCUGUGGCAGAAGCGUAUCUGGAAGUCUUGAAAAGGAGGUGCUGAUGGGGGCGCGAAGGUAAAGUGGUGGCUCGAUGAUCAGUUGAGGGGCGCUAAUUCGCAAAAUAUGGUGAUUAUAGGUGAUUUUUAUCUACUUGACCGUGAUUUCUGGGGGAGACUAGGGGGGGGCAGGCGCCCCCCCACAACCCCCCUAGAUUCGCCACUGGUCUUUAGGAGAUAUCCAUGGAUGGAUAGUGGUGCACAACAGAUGUUAAUAAUUAUUAUUGUAAAAUGUAAAAGGAGUAAUUCUAUUUUCAUUUUGUGUUUUCAUGGUUAAUUUUUUGACAGCAUUUUAUUUUUUAAUCUUUUGUAUUAAAAUAUGACAAUAGAAUUUACAAUUGAAAAUGUACAAUAAUCACAUUCCUCAUUGACUGAGGAGUCCAGGUUUGCAAUGUUAUUUGUUUUGAUAGCCUAAUUAUAUAUCUUUUUAAAGUUAGAUUUUAAGUUUUAUAUUUUUGUACACCAUUGUUUUAUCAUUAAAAUAAAUGUGAAAUUUAAUGAGAAAUGUAGUUACGUCUAUGUAAAUAUAUAACGGUGAUGAAACCAAAGUGUUCAAUAUUGAUAUCCCUGAAGGGAUGUGGCAGGCCAGGGGCCUCCAAAAACCCUUCUCAGAGGUCCAGAGGAUCGAAGCUGCGGAUACUCUACGAUUUAGAUAUUUGAAAAAUAAUCAAUUUAUUCCCUCAAUGUAAUUUUAUUAUACCAUGUUGUGUAAAUAACAAUAAAGAAAUAUCAUAUCGUAAUAUUGUCAUGAUCUGACAAAAUUAUGUAGGGAUUCUUACUCCCAACUGGGGGAAGCUGUCCCGAGGCGGUAGGGCCCUCCGCUCACACUUCAACCGGAGACACCACUGAUUAAUUAUAUAGGCGAUAAGGAUAGAAAUACUUUUUUAAAGUUUUCUGAAUAUUUGUUCUAUAGAGGGCUCACUUUACAAAAAUAAAACUAACAAUCUUUAAUUUUUCAUCAAAAAACGAGCACUCUAAUUGGAGACUGAACGCCGAGACCACCCUAAAUUUUCAGGUCUUGAAUUUGAGGUGGUCUUGGGUUAGAUGGGCAGUACACAAUUUUUAAUAAAUAAAAACAAAUUUUGUAGUAUAAACGGAGUAGUAUUAAAGCUACAUAAAUACAUUUUUUGAAAUAAAUAAGAAUUUUUUUUAGGUACACAUUUUUUUUUCUAUGAUCCAAAAGUGAUCUAUUUAUCACCUGAUCAAAUGAACUUGUUUAUUAGAGUCUUUUCUAUUUGGAUAUAUUUAAAAUUUCGAGGAUGUUGAUGCAUUGAAAGCAUGAUAAAUAUAAGCAUGGGCUGGCGCCUAUAUAAACAUUAUAUAGUACUAUAGCAAUUAUUUGUGUAUAGGUAAUUCGCGGCGUGUACAAUAAGACAAUUCCCGUAUAAGGUGACCCGCAUUUAUUUCGACAUUAUUUCAAAAUACCACCCCAAAUUUGAGGUGGGAAAACGGUCAGUAGCUGUUUUCUAGUUAUCAAUUUGGAGAUGAUUCUCGACUUUUGUGAAAUGUUUUUAAUAUUCGAGUUACACUAUUAUGACAAUAUUAUGUAAAUAGUAAUUUGUGUAUGUUUGUAUGUAGCCAACUGCAUAUGUAAAAGCGUCAAAUGGGAAUAAAAGGCAUUUUUGUGCAGACGGUUUCUAA